AUGAGGUUCUUAUCAGCGGCUUUUUUCUUAUUCGGCUUGAUAGCUACCAGCAAUGGCCAUCGUUCGAGACACUCCAGAUCAUUUGGAAUUAAUUUGAACAACCGCCCAAAACCAGACAGACCAAGUGUACCUUCAUAUGGAUCUGCAUAUUCACUAUUGCCAAGUCCUCCGAAAAUACUUGAUCAACUCCCUGUAAAACCCAGUGACUAUUCCGAUAUAAUUAGUAUUCCUGUGGAGGAAAGUAACCCACCAGUAAACCAACCAAGUCUGCCGACAGCAUAUAGCGAACCGUCUCCAUGGAAUUUUGAUUAUCCACGCAGACAGGGCGGUAAUUUAUAUGGUGGACCAUGGUAUUGGCAAGGUUAUCCUUAUUCAUGGAAUAGAGGUGGUAGUGGACAAUCCCAAUAUCCAACCGGAGGAAGUGGACGUUCUCCAUGCGAUAAACAUCGUUCUUCUAAAAAUGCUAAAAAAACACCAUGGGGCAAACAUCACAAAUCUAAGAGUGAUAAGCGGACACCAUGUGAUAAACAUCACUCGUCAAAGAAAAGAAAACCAUCGCCAUGUGACAAGCAAACUCGACCACCAAAACAUGACAGGCAUCCACCUUGUCAUAAAUGUAAACCAACCAAGCGUCCUUACCCUAGUAAACCAGUAACACAAACAACCACUGUUGCACCAGAAGCAACCACGCAACAAUCUACACCACCUCAAAAAAGCACUGCAGUGCCCGUAGUAUCCACAAAAGCACCAGUAGAGUCAACAACUCAACCAAAAGUCGAAACUAGCACACCAGAAAUAAGCACAACUCUACCAGAAGAGCCGAAGACAAGCACUGAAGUGCCAGUAGAAACAACAGAAGCUUCGGUAGAGACGACUGCUCAACCUGAGGUCGAAACUAGCACACCACUACCAGAACAGCCCAACACAAGCUCUGAAGUUCCAGUAGAAACAACAGAAGCUUCAGUAGAGUCGACUGCUCAACCCGAGGUCGAAACUAGUACACCAGAACAGCCCAACACAAGCACUGAAGUGCCAGUAGAAACAACAGAAGCUUCGGUAGAGACGACUGCUCAACCUGAGGUCGAAACUAGUACACCAGAACAGCCCAACACAAGCACUGAAGUGCCAGUAGAAACAACAGAAGCUUCGGUAGAGUCGACUACUCAACCUGAGGUCGAAACUAGCACACCAGAACAGCCCAACACAAGCACUGAAGUGCCAGUAGAAACAACAGAAGCUUCGGUAGAGUCGACUGCUCAACCUGAGGUCGAAACUAGUACACCAGAACAGCCCAACACAAGCACUGAAGUGCCAGUAGAAUCAACAGAAGCUUCGGUGGAGUCGACUACUCAACCUGAGGUCGAAACUAGCACACCAGAACAGCCCAACACAAGCACUGAAGUGCCAGUGGAAACAACAGAAGCUUCGGAAGAGUCGACUACUCAACCUGAGGUCGAAACUAGCACACCAGAACAGCCCAACACAAGCACUGAAGUGCCAGUAGAAACAACAGAAGCUUCGGUGGAGUCGAGUACUCAAACUGAGGUCGAAACUAGUACACCAGAAGAUCCUAAAGCAAGCACUGAAGUAUCAGCGGAAGAAGCAGAAUUACAGAAAGAGAGCACGACUCUAUCUGCAGUAAACACUACCAAGGCUGACAUACCCGAUGCAGAAGAAUCUAGUGCGAGUACUCCUGAAUCUGGAAGUCUAGUCGUAAGCACUACACAGUCUGAGGAUAAUACUUCGGCGCAAGUUACAGAUUCAGUAGAGCUAACCACCCCUCAAUCCGUAAACAUUUCAACUAACGCAACAGUAAUUCCUCCACAACAUGAUGAGCCCGAAGUAAGUACUGUAGCAACUGAGCAACCAAGUGAAAGCUCCACUCAGGCUGAAUCUGAAGUAACUACUGUAGCAACUGAGGAACCAAGUGAAAGCUCCACUCAGGCUGAAUCUGAAGUAACUACUGUAGCAACUGAGGAACCAAGUGAAAGCUCCACUCAGGCUGAAUCUGAAGUAACUACUGUAGCAACUGAGGAACCAAGUGAAAGCUCCACUCAGCCUGAACCUGAAUCCACUGUAGCAACUGAGCAACCAAGUGAGAGCUCCUCUCAGGCUGAACCUGAAGUAACCACUGUAGCAACUGAGGAACCAAGUGAAAGCUCCACUCAGGCUGAAUCUGAUGUAACUACUGUAGCAACUGAUGAACCAAGUGAAAGCUCCACUCAGCCUGAAUCUGAAGUAUCCACUGUAGCAACUGAGCAACCAAGUGAAAGCUCCUCUCAGGCUGAACCUGAAGUAAGCACUGUAGCAACUGAGGAACCAAGUGAAAGCUCUACUCAGCCUGAAUCUGAAGUAACUACUCUAGCAACUGAGGAACCAAGUGAAAGCUCCACUCAGGCUGAAUCUGAAGUAUCCACUGUAGCAACUGAGCAACCAAGUGAGAGCUCCUCUCAGGCUGAACCUGAAGUAACCACUGUAGCAACUGAGGAACCAAGUGAAAGCUCCACUCAGGCUGAAUCUGAUGUAACUACUGUAGCAACUGAUGAACCAAGUGAAAGCUCCACUCAGCCUGAAUCUGAAGUAUCCACUGUAGCAACUGAGCAACCAAGUGAAAGCUCCUCUCAGGCUGAACCUGAAGUAAGCACUGUAGCAACUGAGGAACCAAGUGAAAGCUCUACUCAGCCUGAAUCUGAAGUAACUACUCUAGCAACUGAGGAACCAAGUGAAAGCUCCACUCAGGCUGAAUCUGAAGUAUCCACUGUAGCAACUGAGCAACCAAGUGAGAGCUCCUCUCAGGCUGAACCUGAAGUAACCACUGUAGUAACUGAGGAACCAAGUGAAAGCUCCACUCAGGCUGGAUCUGAAGUAAGUACUGUAGUAACUGAGGAACCAAGAGAAAGCUCCACUCAGCCUGAACCUGAAGUAACUACUGUAGCAACUGAGGAACCAAGUGAAAGCUCCACUCAGCCUGAAUCUGAAGUAACCACUGUAGCAACUGAGCAACCAAGUGAAAGCUCCACUCAGCCUGAAUCUGAAGUAACCACUGUAGCAACUGAGCAACCAAGUGAGAGCUCCACUCAGCCUGAACCUGAAGUCACUACUUUAGUAACUGAGCAACCAAGCACUACACAACCUGAAGAACCAGUUACAAGCACGACCGUACGGGAUUUAAGUACAGAAACUAGUUCCGUAGCAGUACCCACUACAGUUAAACCUUGUGAUCCAAAACCAGGAUGCAAAUGCGGAUGUUGUCAACGAGUGAAGACGCUUGCUUUGUUGAUAUAUUCAUCUGUAGAGAGCGGUAAUGCCAUUGGCAGUAAGCAACCGGAUUGCUCACAAGGCUGCGCCGAUAAAGCGCCUCUUGAUUUAUUCUCUCAACUUAUUGCCAAGCUCAGAUAA